CGAGGAUAGAAUGCGCCAUGUUUCGGAGUUAACACGUCAUUGUAGCACGAGAAAACGAAGGAACGAGUCCUAACUCUCGCGAGUCAGUGCAGGGACGAUCCAAGACGAAAUCAUAACAACCUCCUCGCCCUCACAUCCUUGUUGCAGCUGAGCGGCUCCCUCGAUCGAUGCCUAACCUGAAAACUCAACAUCGCGCAAUAACGCAAAGAUCGAUUUUCAAAGGUCGAUUUUUAAUUUAUCGAUUCUAUCGAUUGUAUCGAUUAUAAUCGACUUGAAUCAAUUUAUAGAGCACACAUGCGUACGACAGCGGCUUUUGUAUAACCUAAAACUUGAAACUUAUCUUUUUUCAAUCGCAUUACGAUGAAUUUUUAAUGUAUUAUUAGGGAAAAAAAGGAUAUUUUUACAAAAUAUAAAAGGAUGGCAGUGUCUUUUUGCGGAAGGAUUGCUUCGAGGCAGCGAAAUUUGUUAAAAAUUCCGAAACGACACGGAUACAUAGUCCUACUUCCAGAGAUAGGCGAAGAAUCAUCAGAGAAAAAUCCAUUAUUGAAGGAUGACAAUUUACCAGAAUUUAACACAAUUACAAUUGAAAAAUGCACUGCAGCGAUUGGAAAACAAACUGUCGAGUUUGAAGAAAAGAUGAAAAGUCUGGAAAAUGUUGCAACAAACGAAGACUUGGAUAUAUUUAAGGAUUGGUUAGAUCCAAUCGAAGAUUCAUAUCUUCCUCUAGAAACAACCUGGGGCAUAGCAAAAACUUUAUAUUUUGGCAAUCAGAGUUUGAUGCCAACAAAAUGCUAUAUGGGUAUUCACGAACGUGCUACAAGAGCUGUGGCUAGCAAAUUUGGCAGUGCGCCACUUUUUAAAGCGUGCAAGGAAGCCUUCGAUAAUAAAAAUAUCAAAUUAACACACUCACAGAGGAGAGUAUUGACCAAAUAUAUAUUGGAGGGAACAUUGAAUGGUCUGCAACUGCAAGAUAAAGAAUUUGAGAAAUACUCGGGUGAUUUGACUUAUAUCAUAUCGAAAAUUAAAGAAUAUAAAGCCAAAUAUGAGAGUUCUACAGGUGCUUACAGUAUGACAAUACAAAACAAAGAUAUUGUGAGAGACUUUCCAGAGGACUUUCUUAGAUCUAUCGCAGCCGAUCCUAAGCGACCUUUCUUAGGUCCUUGGAAAAUCACUUUAAAGCCAUAUAUCUUGGAACCGUUUAUGGAACAUUGUCCAGAUCGCGAAUUAAGAGCAGCAGUCUGGGAAGCUGAUGUCAUUCGGUGCUCUAUAUAUCAGGAAAGAUCCGUUCAAGCGAGCGUGACAUUGGAGGAACUCAGAGGCAGGAGAAUCGAGCAGGCGCAACGUUUAGGGUAUAAAAAUUUUGCAGAAAUGAGUAUGGAGACAAAGAUGGCCGAAAAUUUGGAAAAUUUGCACAGCACACUGGAAACUCUUCGAACUACUGCAUUUCCUGUUCAGCAGCAAGAAAUUGCAAGUUUAACAGAAUUUGCAAAUGAAAGAGGUUUUGAUAGUACUCUUAGAGUGUGGGAUGUCGCAUACUGGAGUAGAAAACAAUGUCGUAGCAUAUUCAACUACGAUGAGAUGGAAUGGAGCUCGUACUUUCCAUUGCCGACCGUUCUGGCAGGUCUUUUUGAGCAUAUUGAAAUGCUGUUUAACAUAAAAAUCGUGGAGAGUAAGAAAGCAGACAUUUGGCACAAGGAUGUUCGAUUUUUCGACGUGUUUGACUUGAAUGGAUCUAGCACGGCGCCUGUUGCAAACUUUUACCUGGAUCCUUAUGCGAGGGGCACAGAGAAAUUUCGCAAGGAACAGGAUUCGGGAUGGAUGUCAACGAUUAAAAGCAAAAGCAAAGUUGGCGAUAGCACUCCGUUAAUCGCUUUAAUCUUCAAUUUUCCACCACCAGUAGGCGACAAACCUUCUCUGCUCUCCUUCAAGGACGUGCAGGUUCUCUUCCAGAAGUUUGGACAUGCCUUACAACAUUUACUAACCACAGUCGAGUAUUCGGACAUCGCUGGAUUGUCAUUUGUGGAAUGGGAUGCAGUGUUCAUUUGUGACUUUUUUAUGGAGAACUGGUUGUACGAACCAUUUGUGUUACAAAAGAUUUCUGAACAUUAUGAAACAAAACAGCCAUUGCCCACUAAAGCUAUCGAGGGAAUUAAAAAGAUGAGAUCACACUUUGCUGGCUACAAACUAUGUAAAGAACUUUAUUUGUCACACAUGGAUCUAGAACUGCAUUCCAGCGAAACAUUUUGGGUGCCAAUGAUGAAACGUCUGUGGCCUAUGUAUUUUGCAUUACCCCUCGAGAAAAGGGAUGUUCACGUUUGUUCUUUCGAAGCUAUAUGGAGCGGCAACUGGGCGGCCGCAUAUUUCAGCAAGAUCUGGUCUGAAAUGAUAGCUGCCGAUUUGUACACGGCAUUCCAAGAAAUCGAAAUUAAUGACAAGUCGCGGCAAAAGGAGAUGGGCGCGAGAUUCCGCGACACAUUUUUGUCCUUAGGCGGCAGUUAUCCUGCCGCGGAAGUGUUCAGAAAGUUCAGAGGCAGGGAUCCGAGUCCGCAAGCGUUGCUCGACAAUCUUGGAUUGACCUCGCGAGCAAUGAAAGAAACCAAGUGAUACAAAGGACUCGAAAAUGUGCGACACGUCGUUGCGAUUUUCGCUUCAUCGUAACAAUAUGAGAGACGUAGAAGGCGAGUGACGAUGAGGCUUCCUGGAAUGCAAGCUCGACGACGACUUGGUGCGGUGCGCAACACUUUGCAUUUGCACCAGACUGUCUAAUCGCUUCGAAGGAGAUUUCGACGAACAGCAGGAGGGAGGAUCGAGAGAUCCGUUCAAGCCCGAUGACGCAUCAGUUUCCUUGCCAGAGUUUAUCCCAGCAUCUCAUCCGCACGGUAUACUACAUCUUUUUAUAUUAGGUAGUCUCGGAAAGUCCGCGACUUUAAUGUAACAUUACUUAUAUUGACUUAUGUAAUGUUACGUAUUUCUGAGAUAACUGGAUAGAGAUUGUUCCUCCGAGGAAAUAUCAGGGAGAUUAUCUAAAGGAAAAGUUAGA